UCGUAAUAGGUUAAGAGUUGGCGCAGAGGAGGCAGGACUGAGCGCCAUAGGAAAACGAGAGGCCUGAGUGGGCCGUCAUAUUACGACUAACUACUCUCUCUCCUUCGAUCAUCUUCCUUAAUCCUUACUCUUCCUCUCUUCGUCUUCGUAUCUGUCUGUGGAGAGAAGAAGAUGGCCCUCGUCGGCGUUCUCGCUUUACAGGGGUCUUUCAACGAACACAUCGCCGCGCUGAGGAGGCUAGGGGUUAAGGGAGUGGAGAUAAGGAAGCCAGAGCAGCUUCACAACGUGGCUUCGCUUAUCAUUCCUGGAGGAGAGAGCACCACCAUGGCUAAGCUCGCUGAGUACCACAACCUGUUUCCCGCUUUGCGCGACUUUGUUAAAAUGGGGAAACCUGUUUGGGGGACUUGUGCAGGGCUUAUCUUCUUGGCCAAUAAUGCUACAGGGCAAAAAACUGGAGGACAGGAACUGGUUGGAGGCCUAGAUUGCACAGUGCACAGAAAUUUCUUUGGCAGUCAGAUCCAGAGCUUUGAGGCUGAGAUCCCGGCACCGGAGCUUUCUUCUAAGGUAGGUGGUCCUGAAACAUUUCGCGGUGUUUUCAUCCGUGCCCCCGCCAUCCUUGAAGUAGGGCCAGAAGUUCAGGUGCUGGCUGACUAUCCUGCUCGCUCUAACAAGGAUUUGGAUGCAAAUUCUGCAGUUGAAGACCAAGAGGGGAAGACCGGGUCGGAAGACAGAGUGAUUAUAGCCGUAAGACAAGGGAACUUGCUGGGGACUGCUUUCCAUCCGGAACUAACAGCAGAUACUCGAUGGCACAGUUACUUCUUGAAGAUGAUCGGUGAGGUCGGAGAAGGGUCCUCGAGUAGUGUGGUUGCAGUUGGAGCAGAUUCAAAUCUAAACCAACCGAGGAUAGACCUUCCUGUAUUUCAAUAGUGGCAGUAACCAUUGAAGCAUUAAAGUAAUUUUUCCUUGUUAGAUUUGUUUUCUUGUAUUUUUUAUCCCCUUGCCUCUCCCAUAUGAUAAUUGUUUAAGGUCCUAAUAAUUCAAGUACGUUGGUUCGGUUGAAAGGAUGAUGAUUGGUUUUGUAUUUUGGAUGGUGAAUUAAUAUAUAGUUUAAAGGAUGUUACUUCUUUUUAUUA